CUCUCCCAGCAGCUGUUUCUCUGCUAUGGAUCAGUGUGAGGACAGAGAGGAGGGAGUCCCUCCCUCUAAAAGCUCUCUGUGUGGGGAACAUGACAGCCAGACCAAAGCUCAGAGGAUGCAGCAGCAGAGAGCAGACUCUCCUGAACCCAGCUGUGUGUCCAUGAAGAGUGACGGGUCUAUGGAUCGUCCUAUUAAGUUUAAAGAUGGACAACCUGCUGAUGGAAGGAUGCAGCAGCAGAGAGCAGACUCUCCUGAACCCAGCUGUGUGUCCAUGAAGAGUGACCGGUCUCAGGGUGGUGUUGACUGUAACCUCUCAGAGAGAAGCUGUGCAGCUCUCUCCUCAGUUCUCAGCUCCCAGUCCUCUAGUCUGAGAGAUCUGGACCUGAGUAACAACAACCUGCAGGAUUCAGGAGUGAAGCAGCUUUCUGCUGGACUGGAGAGUCCACACUGUGGACUGGAAACUCUCAGUCUGUCAGGUUGUCUGAUCACAGAGGAAGGCUGUGCUUCUCUGGCCUCAGCUCUGAGUGCCAACCCCUCCCAUCUGAGAGAGCUGAACCUGAGCUACAAUCAUCCAGGAGACUCAGGAGAGAAGAUCCUGUCUGCUGGACUGGAGGAUCCACACUGGAGACUGGACACUCUCAGGAUGGACCAUGGUGGACCGCAGAGACUGAAACCUGGUCUGAGGAAGUAUGCCUGUGAACUGGAACUGGAUCCAAACUCAAUGUACAGAGAUCUCAAACUGUCUGAUAACAACAGGAAGGUGACAUGUGUGAAGGAGGUUCAGUCAUAUCCUGAUCAUCCAGACAGAUUUGACUCCUUGUCUCAGCUGCUGUGUAGAAAUGUUCUGACUGGUCGCUGUUACUGGGAGGUCGAGUGGAGAGGAAGAGUUCAUAUAUCAGUGAGUUACAGAAGAAUCAGCAGGAAAGGAGACAGUGCUGACUGUAGGUUUGGAAGGAAUGAUCAGUCCUGGAGUCUGAUCUGCUCUGAUAAUGAUGGUUACUCUGUCCGUCACAAUAACAGACAAACAUCCAUCUCCUCCUCCUCCUUCUUCUCCUUCUUCUCCUCCUCUGUCUCUAACAGAGUAGCAGUGUAUGUGGACUGUCCUGCUGGCACUCUGUCCUUCUACAGAGUCUCCUCUGACACACUGAUCCACCUCCACACCUUCAACACCACAUUCACUGAACCUCUGUAUGCUGGGUUUGCAUUCUACUGGCCUGGUUCAGUCUCUCUGGUUCCUCUGUAGGAGGGAGAGUCUCUCUGUGUCCUCUGUAGGAGGGAGAGUCUCUGGUUCCUCUGUAGGAGGGAGAGUCUCUCUGGUUCCUCUGUAGGAGGGAGAGUCUCUCUGGUUCCUCUGUAGGAGGGAGAGUCUCUCCUGUGGACAGAAACUCUGCUGACUGAAGAUCAGCUGCUGAAAUCAAACAUCACACACACUCUGCACUGUGAAGCAGAUCU